UCUAGUGAACGACAACUACAUAACCUCGCAAAUAAGUUAUAGUUGUAGUACAAAUUAUUGUACUCCAAACUAAAUUUUAACGUGUUUUUUGUUCCAAUAUGUGUUUUUUAAUAUCAUGAUAGUUCGACAAUAUAAUGACAACGGAAUAAUAUGAUGCUCCUAACUCACGGGGCGUCAGUGAAGUGAGAUAGAAUGAGAAUGAAGUCAGUAUCAACCUUAUAGGACGUAAAAAUGGUGAAAGAAACUACUUACUAUGAUAUUCUUGGGGUCAAACCCGCCUGUACAACGGACGAAUUAAAGAAGCAGUACAGAAAAUUGGCUCUUAAGUAUCACCCCGAUAAAAACCCAAAUGAAGGUGAAAGGUUUAAACAAAUCUCACAAGCAUAUGAAGUUUUGUCCAAUCCUGAUAAAAGGCGUAUUUAUGAUCAAGGUGGGGAGCAAGCAUUGAAGGAAGGUGGUGCUGGAGGCAGUGGUUUCUCCUCGCCUAUGGAUUUGUUUGAUAUGUUCUUUGGUGGUGGCUUUAGCGGAGGUCGUAGGCGCGGUCGCGAACGAAAGGGCAAAGAUGUUAUUCAUCAGUUAUCAGUAACACUUGAAGAAUUGUAUCGUGGCGCGGUUCGGAAACUUGCAUUACAGAAGAAUGUAAUCUGUGAUAAAUGUGAGGGGCGUGGUGGCAAAAAGGGUGCUGUGCAAACUUGUCCUACCUGUCGUGGUAGUGGAAUGCAAGUGCAAAUACAACAGCUUGCACCUGGUAUGAUCCAACAAAUUCAGACUGUAUGUAGUGAAUGUCGAGGGCAAAGAGAAAUAAUUGAUCCUAAAGAUCGGUGCAAAGUGUGCCAGGGGCGCAAGACAGUACGUGACCGUAAAAUUCUGGAAGUGCAUGUCGAUAAAGGUAUGACAGAUGGUCAGAAGAUUGUUUUCGGUGGAGAAGGUGAUCAGGAGCCAGAAUUGGAGCCAGGUGACCUUAUCAUUGUGUUGGAUGAAAAGGAACAUGAUACAUUUAAACGAUCUGGAGAUGACCUCAUUCUACGAUUAAAUAUCGAGUUGGUGGAAGCACUAUGUGGUUACCAAAAAGUGAUUAGGACCUUGGAUGACAGAGACAUAGUAAUAACGGUGAUGCCUGGAGAAGUAACCAAACAUGGCGAUGUCAAGUGCGUGUUGAAUGAAGGAAUGCCUAUGUAUAAAAAUCCAUUUGAAAAAGGUCAACUGAUUAUUCAAUUCUUAGUUAAUUUUCCUGAACGUAUUCCACAUGAAGUUAUUCCUGCAUUGGAGAAUUGUCUGCCAGCUCGACCUAGAGUGGAGAUCCCGGAGUUGGCUGAAGAAUGUAAUCUGGUGGAUUUGGAUCCUGAUCAAGAGAAUAGAAGAAGACGAGCACAUCAUGGCAAUGCUUAUGAAGAACAACCAGGCAUGGAGCGAGUUCAUUGUGCUACUAGUUAAAUUGUUACAAAGACGCACUACCGAUGUACCUAAUUCAUUACCUACUCUAUUGAUUAACAGAAUAGUUCGUAAUUUCAGUUAUUUAUGGUGUGCGUGAAAUGUAACAGAUUAAUAUUGAUAGGCUUAUAUGUUAAGUUACUUAAAAUAAUUUGUUCAUUUAGCAUUUUAGUGCUUUUACAAUAUUGUAAUUAAUCGGUCUUAGCAAAUGCUAUUACAGUUGUAACAUCCAUUUAGAUGCGCUGUCACAUUAGUUGUAAUUUUAUGUCUCAACAUUAUUGUAUUUGCUAUAUGUAUACAAAAAAACAUUCAUAUUAUGUUUUUUUGUAUAUUAUUAUUUAUGUUUUGUAAAAGAUAGAUGUAAAUAUUCUUUUGUAUUCCUCAGCUUAUGGAGGUAACCUAAAUAAUUUUUACAUCUAUUGAAAAACAUGCGAGUAGAAAUUCAUUAUCUAAACAAUUAUUUUAUUUGAUUUAAAUAAUAUUUUUCUACUUAUAUUGGUGAUUUUAUUUAACUGGUGUGGUAUAUUAAUUGGGAAUUGCAAACUUUCAGUAAUAUUAUUAAUUCUUUAAUAAAUAUUACUAUACAUUUAUUAGUGUGCUCAGAAAUCAGAAUAAUAGACAUUUUAAGUCCUUUAAUAUACUUGAUAACAUAUUGGUUUCCUAUUAUAAUUAUAGGUUUUGUUAUAUAUAUACCUGUGGUUUAUUGAAAUUAUAGUGUCAAUGCCUGAUGAUGUGUUAUUUAAUAUUUAUAAUAUUAGUUCCGUAGGAAUUAGGUAUUGUCUUUUAUAAUAUAAUAUA